CUCCGUGAAUGGCGCGGGAGAAAAAUCGAAACUUUUCCCACUCCGGUCGGUCCAGGUUGGGAAAAUGUCCCAUUUUCAGUUUUCUUCUGGCUGCGUCAGACUCAUCAGACACCGUUCGUUCGGGUGGUUUUUCACUGUUAAACAGCGGUGUGUGUCGCGAGACAGCAUUUUUUCUUUUUCCUGCACUCUUUUGACACUCAAUUGGGGAUGGUGGUUUUAUGGGGGCCCUGAUUGAGUUAUAAUUGGAGGUGCGAUUAGUUUCGUUUGUGGGAAAAAUGAAUGUGAUUAUUAAGUGCGAGCUGCUUUGUGUCGGAGGAUAAAAUCGGUCGGACAAAAGUGGCAAACGAGUCUGAAGGAAUUUCGAGGUGGUUUAGAGGAUAAUGGAAGGAGAAAAGUGGGUGGCAAAGUGAGAGUGUGGUGAAGGUCCUCAGUGUGUAAAAAAAGGGAGGUGAAGUGAGUCGUGACAGAAGCACUGGAUAUUUCUGACAAGGAUUCGUCUCGGUUGCGGUCCUUACAAUUCGGCCAAAUGAAAAAGCAAGUUUCAAGUCGUCCGCGGAAGGAUAAAGCAACGCGAUUUGUCAGUGAGUGACUCCACCGAGCAGCAAUAAAAAGGGCGCUCCGUCAACGAGAAGUGACGAAUGUCUAAAACGCAGAAGGGAUGGCGCUCGUCGUCGUCGGUCGUGGAGGAAAAAGUGAUUAAUCUAGGUACGGUGAUGGAAAAUUGAUGUAUUUAGCGCCCGAUAAAGGUGCGACAGGAAGAGUGUAUCCGCGGGAGUAUCGCGUGUACGCUUCAACGACUCAGCAGAGCCUUUGAUGGUGUGCUAGCCGCCUGCCUGGCAAAACAUAUAUCAAACCAUGUGUAAAUAUUGUGCAAAUGGGAGAGUGGAGUGACGUGAUUUCCCUUCCACCCCCGUCGUCGUCGUCGAUGGGAAAUCUCCUGUAGAGGGUAGUCGCGAUUGUCGGCACCGCGGUGUCACCUUUACAGAAUCGUAGUAGGCUCUGAUGGAGGAGAUUCACCCCAACGCAUUCCUUUUGUAGGGAAGUAAAUGUUCCAGCAGCUGCUUUAUACCGCCUACUUUGCACUCGGUGCAUUAAAGUGAAAGUGCCGCCAGGCGACCCGUGAAACUCAUCUGCGUGCAAGUGAUGGGAAAAAUUUGCCCUUUUCGGGCUAAAAUGUGCAAAUCGAAAGAUAACAACCUUCUCCUCUUGGCGGGUGUGUAAUUUCCCUGGAAAAGUGGGACAAACGUUCGUUAGAAAGAAGAUAUGUACAUCUCUCGCUUUCGCACACGUAUCCGUAUGUACGCGACGAAUGAAGGUCGAUCCGAGCUAUAGUAGCCAGUAGUAGAGAGGAUAUCCUUCCUACUACUGAACUCGGUGUUCGUGUUUUGCGGUGGACGUUUUUCUUCGGUGGAAACGGAAUGCGGUGCAACGAAGAGAGAUCCGUGGAUCCCCAUUUCGUCUCCAGCACUGGCUCUGGUGAUAAUGUGCGCUAGUUUUUUUCCUCUCUUCUAAGUGAGCCGUAGUGUCAAUAAAGAAGACCCCCUCAGCAUUAUGUGGGGAAAUCAGUGUCGCGUCCUCAAUUGACGAAUAAAAACCAUCGAAACAGCGCGCGCAUACACACGGUGUGGUGUCAAUAUUAUAAACAACCUCUUAACAGCGGCUGUGGAAGGUUCCAGAAAUCCAGAAGUCUUCGUUAGCCAAGCUGAGCCGAGAUAGAUGCACGCUUUAGUGAGUUUACCACUUGCCCCGGGAAUUUCGGAUGGAUGCUGAAGCGCGCGUCGCGACGACGUCGUCGUCGGUUGGAAAGUGAGUUUUUCCGGAAAAUUGUCGUCACACGUGUGUGACACCCGCGCCCACUUAUAGUAGGCAGGCAGUCUCGCCGAGAAGAAACGGAGAAAGAAAAUUUAUGAAUCGGUUAUGCGCGUUGGUGGAAAGUUAGUAAGUGAGCUCCACGGAGGGCUCAUCGCCUUCGCAGCCAUCUUCAGGUGAUAAAUAAGAGUGAAAGUGUGGGAGUUUGGCGCGCGGGAAGCCAGGCAUCGUAAAGUGUUUGGUGGGAGGGAGGAUCGAGUGAAUUAUUACGGGAGUGUCGCCGGCAAUUAGCCACCAUCAAGUAUUGGAUUAGUGUCAGUCAACGCAGAAGAUGAAGCAGCUCUAUGGUGGAUGUGGUGGGAGGUGGUAAUUGUGUCAUCGUAAAUCCAGCGAAGUCUGCAGUCACUGCGUGAGGGAAAGGCAAAAUAAAUACGAAGGGAUUUGUCCCCAGCUGUUGGUGGCUUCCCCCCCGGGGGGUGGAGUGCGAAAGGGAUCCGGAAAAGUAUAACUGUAAUUCCUGGUGUCAGAGAAGUUUAUAAAUAAUCGUUGGCAAGCUGCUGGCGAGGAUCCGUUAGUGCUAGUGGGGCUUCUUGGUGAUUAAACCGCGUGCAAACCAACCCUACUGACCGAGUGGUCAGUAGUGUAUUAAGCUUGGGGUCUCCACGGGUGAAGAAAGAGAGAAAGUGUUGAAGAAGAGCAGCUGAGCAGAGGCGAAUCACCAGUAACACCGUUAUAGUAGCUGCUACAGUAGAGCUACAGAAUGGGCUGUGGACAGAGCAAGAUCCAUCUCUAUCCCAGGAAAAAUAAGAGCAAAUCCAACGGCAAGAAAAGUGGACACAUAGAGGACGCCGACGCGGACGAAGAGGAUGGCCACAACGGGCGAGACGAGCGGGACCGCGAAAUCAACGGCGAGAAGGAAAAAUUGGACGAGGAUGGCUCACUUCGGGACGACGGUUCACCAGAACCGCCCAACGGCGAGAUUGUAUCGAUACUGCGGAAAAACGGAUCACUGCUUCAGAGCCAGUACGUUUCGCCUUCCGGGGAAAUUUCGUCGAGUCAACAGAACUUUUUCCGCAUGCUGGACCAGAAAAUCGAAGAGGGCCCUGACUACGACUCAAGCAGUGAAACCGAACAGGCGCUGGAGGAAGCCCGGAUGAACGCCCUGGUGCAGCACUGGGAAUCUGCCAGCCUGACGACGUCAAUGUGUUCUUCCACCAGUCGAUCACUUCAGGGAACUCCGGUGCGACAGGUGCCACUAAGACAGCCUCCACUGAGGCCGGCUUUCCAGCAACCGCUCAGCGCAGAGCUACUCUCGCAGCAGCAGUUGCUCAAACAGCAGCACCAGCUGAUCCUACAACACCACCAACAACAACAGCAGCAACAUCAGCAGCAGCAACAGCAACAACAACAGCUGCAGUUGAUGACAUCUCAACAGCAGCAACAACAGCAACAGCAAAUCAUACACCAAAACUUCAACAUCAACAUGAACAUAAACAGUCCGAAACGGGUAGUCGGUGCUGGAAACGCUGUGAGUGUAGGUGGGAUCCCGGUCAGUAUAGACGGCCGGCAACUGCUGUCGCAAACCAUCAUCCACCAGAACUACGGCGUGAUACAACCUUCCCAAACGGCGCCUCAACUGCGUCCCAGUUCCGGGCGAACACUUCCAACGCCAGUGCAGUGUCUACAACUCUCGUAUUACCAGCAGCAGCAACAACAACAACUGCAGGCCCAUCAACAGCAACAAAUCCAACAGCAGCAAUCUCAACAGAUGGCGCUUGCCAGCGGAGGCAGUGGUGCGGCCACGAUAGGACCAAUACAACCAUUCCAGCAACAACAGCAAUCAUUACCACCGCCACAUUCGUACUACAAUGAUAUUCUGAGGCAUCCCUUACAGCUCUCCACCGGCCAACUGCAAUCGCAACAGCAGCAAUCCUCCGCCAGCAUAUCGUCCGUCUCGUCCGCCCUGGCCGCCGGAGGAGGUCCCUCGUCCUCGCUCUCGUCGGUGGUGGCCGUCGGCAGCAGCGGGAGUCUCCUCUCGUCCGGCCCCUCGCUCCAGCAGCAGCAACAGCAGCAAACCCCACCCUCGGACGCACCCCGUUUCCCACCGGCCAUCUCGGUCCAACGUCUAGCACCGCAAGUUCAACGCCAAAUCCGCGAAACGCAGGAACUGAUCAAAGACUCCUGCUCGCAGCUGUACACCAGCGGCUACGGCAGUCCGGGACCGCCUCCGAUGGCUCCACUGCGGACCAGUGCGUCGGCCACGGCCAGCGCAGUGGCGGCCGCCCGAGCCGCUGCAGCAGCCGCCGCGGCCGCUUCGGUCAAUCGGCGAGCGACGGCGGGCCCAUCGACGACGGCGACGACGCUGGAGACACAGUAUUCGCAGGAACUUUCGUGAUAUCUAGAAAAGUAGUGAAAAUUCUAUUUGUAAUUUCAACGUACGGAUAUUUCGUUUUUUUUAACCAAGCCAACUUAACCCGAAUUCGCAAAAUUCGUUUGUUAUGUCGUUUUAAUACGGUGCCAACGGGCCACGUGGCAGCGUGGAUUGAGCCAUAUGUAGACAUAUAUAAAUUUCCGGAUUUGAGUUUUAGUAAGUCUUAUAUAGAGAGAUGUUUAAAGGAUUGUAUAUUUUAUUCGCACUCGGCGGAGCACUGAAUACUAUUAGUAUACUAGAUGUAACGAUAGUGGUAUGUGAUCGACUUCUUUGAGUAUACUCAUUUCACUGGAAAUGAAAACUUCAUUAUACAAGUUUCGAUGAUCAACUUAAGCAGAUUUCAAACUGCUCAAGACUCUCACACAGAACAUGAUCGAAGCUCCAAAAAUGCUCAUUGUUAGCCUUUUAAGCAGUUUGAAAACUGUUUCCUGUUCCUACAAGUUGAUUUCGAUAGUCACUUUUUUUCACAAUGAUCUACGCGUGUGAAACUUGAUAUCUAUAUUAUACAAUAAAACAUGGAACGAACUCAACAGCAAAUUAAAAUUUAGCUAUUAAAUUCAUUGAAGUUGAAAUGAAUAAAAUAUAUAUAUGUCGGUCUUGAGGCUUUCCACGAAGCAGCACGAAAAAAAUCCACUUUUUUUAAUUUUGCAUUUUUGAUUUGCAUAUAAUUUUGCACAGCUGUUCUAAUCAAUAUAAAUAACCAUUUUUUCAUAUUAAAACUUUUUAUGGAGUAUCGACUAACUUUCAAAUAGGGCCUAUGAAAAAAUGGAACACAUGCGAAUGAAAAAUCAUAUCUCUGAAACUGCUUGUUUGAUCGGAAAAUUGUCUUCGGCAAAGUUGUAGAUUAAUAAAUGGUGGCUCUCAGAAAAAUACACAUUGGAAAAUUUAUUUAGUUUUUUAUCCGAAAAAACUGAAUUUUGUUACUAAAAAUUAAAUAUCUCAAAAAGCUAUUUUUUUACCUUCGUGAUAUUUUGUGAGAAUAAAGUUCAUUCUGUUAGCUACCAUCUGUAGAAAUUUCAUAAUGGUAAUAAAAUGUACACAAAAGUUAUGGCACUUUGAACAUUUUCGGUUGUGUGUUUUUUAGAGUGAAUGACGAAUUCACGCAAACUCGCCGUAGGGGUUUGGGCAAAACUGUCUCAGAAUCCGAUGGAAUUUCUUAGGUUUAAAGACUAUGUAUUUUAAAGCAAGAUUGCAUACGUUGUUUUUUUUUAUUUAUCUAGACUAAUAUUUGAAAAGGGCUAAAGUAUUUGACCGUUUUUUACUCAAUAUAACUUAAAAAUGACAUUACCUACAACAAUAAAGUUAUGUAUGGGUGACUUUUAGAUAAUCAUGUGAACUUUUAUAACAUUGAAAAAUGUCAAUAAGCUUUAAAAGUCAAAAAAAUGCAAAUAAGAAAAAUUAUUUCAAUUUGCAAAACAUGAUAUUUUUGUUAUUAUUGAAAAUUUUGCCAUAUAUCGCAAGAUGGGCACUUUUGAAGAAAAGCAUUUCUAAGGUACCGUGAUUUCGGGUGAAAUUGAUCGACGUGAGGGUCAUUUUCAUUUGUUAAAAAUAUUGCUUUAAACUUAAAACAAUUUGUAUAAAAUGACCGUCAUCUGGCUAAAGGAUUAUUGAAUGAUGAGUUACAUGUUUUACAGUCAAUUAGUCACAUAUUUCUGUAUUAAAUUAAAUAUUUUCCGUAAUUGCGUGUUUGGCGAAUCUCAAAUACACUUUCAAACUUUUGUUACCGUGGCUGUAUCGCACAUGUAAUGAAUAUUCGAAUGGAUGCUUUUAGCUGCCAAGUAUUUGCUAAACACGAUUUCAUCAUCAAAAAUUUUAUAAAUAUUCGAAUUUAUACAUGAAAUUGCACUUUUCCGGAAGUAAUCACUUUUCAGUAUGAAAAGUGCAUACUUUAAGGCGUUUUCAUAAAAUUUACUAAAUUUAAAACUUCAAUACCGUAAUCCGGGGUAACAUUGAUCAGAAUUUUUGAUCUUUUUUGAAUAAUUCUCUUGUUAAAGCAAACGUUACAUGUUUUAUAUAUUUAAAACAAGUACUGGUCCUCUGAGUAUGUGUUAAGCUAGUCGAAAAAGUAUUGUAAAACUUUGGAACAUAUUUAAACAGGCUUUUUAAUCUAAUUUUUGAAUUUGUUGAUUUGGGGUAACAUUGAUCAUGUCAGUGAUCAAUGUUUGUUAGUGUUGAGAUUACCCUUACUUACUAAAUUCGGGGUCGCUGAUUUCGAAUAUGUCGUCCAAAUUCCUACAAGUUAUGUACUUUUUGAAUUAUUUUAGGAUUAAAAUCCUCAAAACCGCGAAUAACGCCUAGAGGUAGGCAAUGGCUUAACCAAUUGAUAGCCUACUUUGAAAAAAUCGUAUAUUUUACUAAAAAAGAGCAUUUUCAUAAAAGUUUCGUUUAUUAAAUCCAACUCUAGGAUAUAAUAUUGAAGUAAUACAGUGAUUUCGAACCUCAUAUUGUAUCUAGUAUUCACGCCAAGCAUGAACGUUAGACAAUGUAUAUCAUUGCGUUACGAAACACAGUUAUGGAAAAAUCGAUUUAUUGCAAUGUUUAUGAAAUUCAAUUUUCAUGAAUUGCAUGUCAUUUAAUAGCAAAAUGAUAGCAGGUUACGAUAUACCAUUCGAUAGCAGAAACAGAUUUAAUGUAAAAUGCUUAUUUGAACAUUUCAUGAGGUCGGUCAAGCCGAUCAAUGUUACCCCGCUGAUCAAUGAUACCCCGUUUUACGGUAAUUAAAAAUUGAGAAAACUCGUAAAAGUUUUGCGUAGAAUUUCGCAUACUGGGGUGGUUAAUUCAGGUGGGAAACAUAUUUUUGGCACAUGCAAAGGUAUUUCAUUUACUGAUCAAUUUCAUCCCGAAAGCAAAAUUAUUGAUUUUUUAUUUUAAAUUAUAUUUACCUAUUGCAAUAAAAUGAUUUGUAGUAAAAGUUUCAAACUCGUUGACUGAUGAGAAUCGUGGUCGUACUUGUUUUAUUGCUUUGAGUUUGACUUUCUUUGGGUGAUCGACUGUACGUUGGAUGAUAUCUUCAAUUGGCAUUUCAGUCUAAUUUGGUCAAUCAAAAACAACUAUAUGUUUUCUUAACUCGACGUUUCGGUCCUUAUUGGACCUUUUUCAAGGAUUCUGUAAUGUUUGAGUUUGACCAUAUCGCUGCAUUCGCAAUCACGGUAGCAUAAGUGGAAAAUUUUUGACAGCUCCUUCCCUCUUAAAGUAUAUUCUCCCAUACCUAAAAGAAGGCUCCUAGCAAUAUCAUAAACUUCCCCUAAAAUGCUACAUCUUUAAUGGACGGUUCCUAACAACAAAUACUUCAUGUCAUCAUUUUGCGUGUUUCUCUCCGGUAGAAAAAAAAUGUUUUUAUCCAGGGCAUUUUUACAGAUAUUUUCAUAUAUUAUAUUAAACAUAGCUCCAUAUGUUUGAUUCACAAGUCUAUCUAAUGCAAAGUAUUUAUUUUAUUCUCCUAUGAAUAAGGAAACUUUUAAGUUGAAAUUCGACUUCUGGUUGAUAUUCUGAAUUUCUGUGUAACAGAUCUGGUGUUCUGGUUCAAAAGAGAAUCCUAAAUUAUAUUCUUUGUAUUGGAUAGAUUUAUAAUUGAAACAAAUAAAGCUAUGUUCAAUAUUAAUAUGUGAAAAUCCACGUAUAAAAAUACCCAAAAAUUGGUUUGACUAAAAAAACAUUUUGUGUUGGGUUGGAUUCAGAUAAUAUCAAUUUAAUUACUUUGAUCCAUUUUAAAUUCUAUUCUUAACGGUUGGUGUGGGGUUUGGUUCUCCGAAAUAGGAUUAAUUUAAUUUCGCAAAUGGGCAUGUAUUCCAAAUUGACUUCAAUUUAUUUUUUAACUUUUUUAGCGUGAUCGUUUUUUCAAUAUUUCAAUUUUUUACUUGAAAGUUCACACAAAUUCCUUAAAGUCACACAUACAACACUUUUUUGUAGGUCAUGUUAUUUUUAAGUUACAUUGGUAUGAAAAAAUGGUCAAAAACUUAAGCCCUUUUCAAAUAUUAGUGUAGAUAAAUUUAAAAAAAAAACAACAACAAAGUAUGCAACGUUGUUUUAAAGUACAUAGUCUUCAUACCUACACUCUUCGAAAAAAUCAUUUAAAAAAAAAAUUUAAGUUCACUUAUAUGUAUGCACAUAAAAGGAGCGGCACGUUUGACACAAAUUUACGUCUUCUAUCACAAAUAAAGUCGAGCUACCCGAAUAAAAAAUACAGUAGAAAAACCAAAUGUUGUAUUGUAACAGUACUAUUUAGAACCAUAUUGUUACAAUAAACACCACUGUAAAAAUAAAAAAUACAAAAACAAUAAGAUGCAAUGUAGACAACUGUAUGGUGAAUUGUAAAUAAGAUUUUUACAAUAUACUAUACGGGUUGUUAAGUAUCGUAACAAUAUAAAAAAAUAUUUUUCUCCAUAUAUAUUUUUUUACAAAACCAUACAUUUUAUUGUAAAUGAACUGUUUGAAAUACUGAUACGUGGGCUUUAAUAUACCGUACAUUGUAUGGUACACGUAUGGUUUCAAACAAUAAAAUGUACCGUAAAUAUAUUGUUUUUAAUUGUAAUUUCACUACAGGUUAUAAAUUUAAUCAUGGUUUUGGAAUGGUUCUCUUUUGUUAUGUUGUAUUGUUUUACAUUAGAUAAACCAUAUAAUGUUAUAUUAUCUCGUCAUGUUCCUUCGAUAAUGGCAGUUCUAGCCAAACUAACCUAAACUCGUCUAAGUCUGAGUAGCCUCUGAUUGCAUUAACAGUUGAAGCUUAGGCUCCCAUGUCCCACCAGCCAGAUAACUGGGUUUUGCAAACUAAGCAUUAUUUGUGGCAACACUUUGAGCGGCAUGAUGGAACUAUGCCUAGCGCGCUAAGUGUUAUUAGACCACUAAUGUAGUUGCAUGAAGUGGGUGACGAGGUACAUAAGUAUCAUUACAGCGUGCUUAACCGUUAUUGCAAUAUUGAGGCUCCAGUUUGACUGAACUAUGAAAUAUGUACCUAACAACUCAUGAGAAAACUGUCAAGUUCGUUUCAACUAUAAGUUAGGUUAAAAAGCGAAGACGAACUUAUAUCAGAAGUCGUUUCAGUGUCCAGUCCUUAGGGGUGGUGGGGGUAAAGUGGACAGGUGGGGUAAAAUGGACAGGGUACAGUUUCAUGGCUUUUAUUGUUUUUCAAAAUGUUUCAACGAUUGAAGCUAAUGCCUAAGCAUGAAUCAUUAUACUUUUGCUGAUCUUGAACAUUAAAACCAAAUAAACCUCUUCAAGAUGACAAAACCUUUAAAAAUCACGUGAAAAAUAGGAAAUGAUGUAAAAUCUGCUAAUAAUUGCUAAGGUUUUCUCGUAAUUUAUUUUCAAAUUAUUACAAGUUUUACACCCUAAACCAAUAAAGUCCACGUAGAAGAAUAUAUUUCACCGAAAAAAAAAUUAAGUUUUGGAUAAAAAAAAAGUUUUGAAAUUUUUUUUAACAAAAUCAGACCGUGGGGGUAAAAUGGACAAUCGGUUCAAAUUUCAACAAAAUUUCAUUUUUCUUUUUGCAAACUUCAGAAUCAUCAGCCGUCAUACCUAUCGUGAGAUAGUUGAAGUAAAAAGUUAUAAAAAAUAUAUUAUAUCAACAAAAUAUAAUUUUCAUCCAAAACAGUGCUUGUUUUUUACACUAUUUUUACAAUAAUUAUUUAAGUGUGUUUCAAAGUUUGUAUUAAAAGUUUGAAAACAACAAAAUAAAGGUAUCGUAUGAAAUUUGAUAGUUUGUAUUUAAAAACAUAGCAACAAUAUGCUGUUAUAUAACUUUUAACGACUUGUUCAUUUUACCCCAUCGAUUGUCCAUUUUACCCCCACCAAUUUUUUUCACGCUAUUUUGAUGCACGAUUUGGUGAAGAAAAUAAUCAAAGAAAACAAUAUUUUUAAAUGCAACCCCUUACAAGAUUUUUAGAGUAUAUCAUUACCUUCCAUGUUACUCGGAAAAGCAGAUGGAUUUUGCCGCAUUUCCGUGGGAAACGACCAAAAUGCUUAGGUUGUCCACUUUACCCCCACCACCCCUAUGUUAAAAAUUUCAAAGAUAAAUCGCAUUUAAUUCGGUUGUUGUACAAGGCAAUUUCACAUGAGAGAAGAAGAGAAAGAAUAGUGUUGAACUCAUCCACUGAUUUACGGUAAUCUGGACUGCGUCUUUCCGGGUUGACCUACAUUCGUAUUCCUCUCAUCGCACUCUACAUACCUAGCCCACCAUAUCUCUUGGAUAUGCAGUCCUUAGGACACCUGGUUUACCACUUUAUUUAAACAUUUUAUUGACUUUAAAUAGAUGUUUCAACUUAUUCACUUUUUUCUCUUUCAUUUCCUUUGCAACAAAAAUGUCACGAACAUCAACAAAACAAAGCACGGAAAAAAUCAUAAACUGAAUAAAUAAUUAAAAAUGCACGGAAAAAGAUUGUUUCGGAAUAGUGAAUGGUUCAAACGUAAGAAAAACAGUAUAAUAUAUUGUUACAUAAAGUAUGUAACAAUAUAUUAUACUGUAUGUACGGAUGUAAAUGUAUAGUAGCUACCAAUGUGCAAAGCUUUUAGCGAACCAUUCCAUUACAAUACACUAUAUUGUAGCUGGUACACUGUAUGGUACAGGAAUGGUUUUCACCAAAUACCCUAUGGUUAGUUUUUAUCCGGGUAGCAAUCGCUAGAGCCGAAGCGAGAGAUAAAACAUAUGGAAGUAAAAUAAUGAACUGGAUUCGAACUCUGGUCCGCAGAUUGAGAGGCCCGUACUAUACCUCUCGGCUGUAUAGAGACAAACGAUAAAUGUAAAACUGUUUCUACCUAUCUGGUCAGAUAGGUUUGUUGACAUCUUGUGCAACCAACUCGAACUUACAUGAUGGAUGUAAAAUUGAGUCAAAUUUGCCAUUCAGUCAUGAAAUGUUUACAUGCGUUGAUGGUUUACGUCACGUGUAAAUUCCUAAUUUUUUAAGAGUGUACACAAUUCCAUUGAAAUCUGAGAGGGUGCUGCCUACCCCAAAAUCUAGUUUGCGGGAAAUUCGUCAUGCACUCUAAAAAAAAACACGCAACCAAAAAUGAUCAAAGUGCCAUAACUUUUUUGUACAUUUUUUUACCACUAUAAAAAUUUUAGAGAUGAUAGCUAACAGAAUGAACUUUAUUCUCACAAAAAAACACGAAGGUAAAAAAAUAGCUUUUUGAGAUAUUUGAUUUUUAGUAACAAAAUUCAGUUUUUUUUUCAGAAGAAAAACUAAAUAAAUUUUUCAAUGUGUAUUUUUCUGAGAGCCGCAAUAUAUUAUUCUACAACUUUGCUGAAGACACCUUUCCGAUCGAACAAGCCGUUUCCGUGUUAUAAUUUUUCAUUUGCUUGUGUCCCAUUUUUUCAUAGGCCCCAAUUGAAAGUUAGUCGAGACAAAAUAUGAACUUUUGAUAUGAAAAAAGGAAUAGUAUACAAAAAUAUCAAGUAGAUUAAAAAACAUCGAUUAAAAUGGAUUCGUGCUGGUCCGUGGAAAGCCUCUCUUCGGACUGAAUCCGGUGUCCUGUUAAGGUGAGAGCAAUUAAUAUUUUUCCUUUUAAACAAAUUGACAUUUUGACAUUUGACAAAACUGGUAAAAAAUGUAUGCAAAUUUUGCAGACAAUAAAGAUGGCAAUAAAUCAUACAAAUGAUUUUUUGAUUCAAUAUUCAUUCAGAGAUAGUUUUGUUAGAAUCUGCGACUAUCUUAUGUGCACUUUCAAGUUCAGAUAACUACAACAUCCUACAUGCUGCUAUAUAUCGAGGAAAGCUUUCCCAGAAACUCGUCAAUGAAAUCGAUCGCAUACUCGCCUAUCAUCUACAUGAUUCUCCGUAAAACUCUAAGGAAAUUAUUUGAAACACAGAAAAUAGUAUCGCAAAUGUACAGCUAUUUUGAAACAUACAUUCAAUUUUGAUACCACUAACGUUCCGAAAUCGAACAUGAUCUGAAAUUAUGUCACCAACACCUCCAUGUGAAAUAUCUAACUUUUCGCCUAACAACCCGGCUGUCGAAAUCCUCAUUUAAAUCUACGUUAAAUAAAAGCAGAUGUGGUUUCCAUUGAAAUGUUAAAUAAUCCUCCAUAUGGUCAGCAACCAUCAUCAUCCGCUGAGCAUCAUGCACCCUUGCAUCAUCACAGCUGAUGGUCAAUUUGCUUUCACUAACCAAUGUGGGUAGCUAUAACCCCUAUAACUACUCAUCAUGAGGUCACCGAUGAGGGAAAUUCACUUCGGAAAACUUUGACCACCAAAUUUGUCCUCUGCAUUGAGGCACCGCGGCUCGAACAAGCUGCAUGUUAUGUUCUUAGGACGAAUGUCGAUAGGACGAAAAAUGAGCACAACUCAUGCAGUUGUUAUAAGUCUUAUAUGUUAUGAAGACAUUCUGAGGACCGCCAUGCAACCUUAAUGAUUUAAAUUUGUUUAGUUUUAUGAUGGUUGUGAGGGCCUCCUGAAAUCUAUUUGAUUUGAAAAUUGUAAUCGCAGGCCAGUUUGUCCGAAGAUAACCCCAAGUAGUAGGGUUAAAAUAAAUUUUCGCGUCUCCUUACUAGAUGACUAACUAAACAGUCCAAAGUUGUAUUCAAAUAUUAGAUCACUAUAGUACAGUUGAAGAUCAGAAACAUCUGUCAAUUUGUUCUGAACUAAGUUCUCCAGCAAUUUAUUCUGCAUUAUCAUCCGGAGAACAUCCCGAAAGCCUCUGCAACAUCUACUUUAAAGGCCAGGUUCGGAACUCCAUCCAAGGCUAGGACCUUACCUAGGCUAAAGAAUUUUGCAAUCACCGCAAGUUCCACAUCGGUGACCCUCUCCUCAUCGCCAGCCACGAUCCCCAGCGGUCCUACGAAAGGAGCCCAUGGACUCGGCCAUGACGUGGAAAAAGCCCCUAAUAAGCCCGGUAAUGUUUUACCUAAAUCUAAACCGUUAGAGUUUGACAGAUAAACGAUAAGAUUUUACCGAAACACGGAGACAAAUUUCGUUCGUUUGAAACAAAAUUAUUCAUGUUUAUUCGGUAAACUGAUAAAAUUUUUAAAACUAAAAUUUCAAUUUUUAAAACUAACUCUAUUACAUAUUGAUUUCUACAAUAUCAAAUGAAGAGCCCCCCAUUCCAUCGUCGAGAACAUAAACAAAAACUCACAAGUUCCAGCUGCCACUCCAAACAAAAAAUCAUGUUUUACCAGAAGUUUCCUCGGAAUCCCGUUGUUUUCGGGAGUGUAUGUUAUCUACAUGGUGUUGACAUUUGAAAUGCCACGUGGGAGGUGGUUUUUUCCAGCGAAGAAAAUGAAAUUUAAUGGGAAAACAAAUAUUUCCACCAACCUGCCGCAAAAAAAAACAGAAAUUUUCACAUUUGUUUCUAACAUAACCUGUCAGAAGAUGCAUGUUUGUUUCAAACAUGGAUUGCAUUCGCUUCAAAUGUGACGUUCGGUUUGCUUCAAACAGUUUUAUUUUUGUUGCCUGAACAAAUUGACAAUUUAUUUGAAUUUACCUCAAAUAUUUUUGAUUUUACCAUAUUUUUUUCUGCGUGAAUUUGGUAACUUUUUACAAAAUUUCGGUAAAAAACCAUUACCGAGCGCUCAGCAGUUGAGAUUUCGGUAAAAUUUACCAAACGCGACUAGCUGUGUAUAUCUCUGGAGAUUGCUCUGUAGGAGCCAUUACUCCUCUUGUUUUGACCAUCAGGAUUCUGUAGGCAUCACCUCACGGAUUCGCAUUGGCACUCUGAUAGAGACCCUCAAAACUAUAGAUUGUAGAGUAAACUGUUUACUAUCUAUACUCAAAACGAACCUUUUUGCUUGCCCUUAUGUCAGGCUUCAGCACGACUUUUACAGCAGCAGCGACCACCUUCCGCUGUUCGUUUCAUUCUUCCAGUUCGUGCUCGCUGCGUCGGUCGACUAAUCCGUAGAUAGCGCGGCGUUGGUCCUCAAUCGCAAAUCAGCGGAUUACAAAUCAGGCAAAUGGGUGGACUCAUGCAGCUUCGUGCCUUAUGGCCUUCGGCGCCGCAUCUCCUGCACAGUUUGCUCCUGUCAGGGCCUUUGCAGUCCCAUGACUUGUGUCCUGGUUCCGGACACCUAUAUCAAACCUCUGGUGGUUCGUGGAACGUCAGGUGACAUACGCACCAGCCUACCUUUAUCCUCCCUACUUUAACGGACUUUCGGACGUCCGCCACAGGUAGCUGAAACAAAGCUACCUGUGCCCCUGUCCGUAGCCGAACGGCUGCAGGCCACGUGCACCUCGCACUGUUGCCGCAGUGCCGUGACGAGCUCUUCCACUUCGGUGACCACGUCUAGGUUUUUGACCUUCAGAGUCGCCUCUUGUGUGAGAGCUCUCACCUCUACUCCUUCACCAAGGACCUCUUCCGUCAAACUCUUGUAGGCGGCGCCCUUGCGCUCCUCAUCGCGCUUCAGCUCCAGGAUCAUCUCGCCCGCGUACGAGUACGUCUGAUACUGCGCACGUCGACUCCCAGACCUAGAAGAUCUUGGCGUCGCUUCGCAUCGCCUUCAAGACACCCGAGUACUUCGACUGUUCCGUCUUGAAGACAAGCGCGUCGCCUUUCUCGCGCUUGGCACCUACUUUGUAGCCUUGGCUUGGCAUCCCUCACUUCUACCUGUGGUUUUAACUUCCUCUUCUUCUUAUGCUCUACUUCCAACGGGGGAUUCUCCCCUUGGUUCGCCCUACUCUGUGGCUGCUCGGGGUCUACCAACGGUCGCAAUCCCUUGUACCCAUCUUUCCGGGUCGGCCCACCCUUCCCAGCUUUCCGGAACACCUGGCUGGGGUCCGACUUGCCGGCAUUGCUGCCGACCACACCUUUUGGAGUACCUGCGAAAGCGAAGACCUCCGUUUGGGUAAACUUCGAAUCCUUUUCUUUCAUAGGUUCCGCCGCUGCUGCAGUCUUCGCGAGUAUCGCGCGUUCCUACUUGGCAUCGUUCAUCGACGUACGAAGUCGCAACAAGGCCGUUUUCAGAUCCUUACUAAUGUUAUGGACUUCGUGGACGCAAAGUAGAUGAUCUUGCAAAGCUGCUGCACAGCCACCUCAAUUGCGGACAGUCCUUCGCUGUUUUGGUUGAUGACCCUCAACAACCACGGUCCAUCCAGUAUCUCCACCGGCUGGCUUGCCGGGGUAUGGACCGGAGCUCCCACGCUGAAACUGCGUACGCAGCUUCCGGCACCUAUAUCCUCACUUUCUUACCGGAGACCUUUCUAACGCACUCCUUGCGAGGGGGUUAGCAUCGCCACUACCACAACCUCCUACUUUUUGAUUUUUUUUAUUUAUUGAACUGUUCAUGAUUGAUCCCACGAGUAGCACGGGAAAACAGGUCCACCACGCCAGAGCCCUGCAUUAACGCGGUAAGAGACGAAUACUGUGGGGGGAGCCCAGGUAACCCACAGGCUCCGUUAAAUCUUUUUCACCCUCUCGAUCACUUAUUCUUCGGGACGGGUCAUUUGACACCUUUAGUCGUGAUGGAUAACGCGCAGGUACUCACGACAGCAUCCACAAAAAGUUGGUCGGUUUUGCCUUUUUGUCUUUUUUUAAUCGUUCUCCUUCCCAUCCGCUUGCCGACGGUCUAAAAAUAAAUUUCCGAGCUACCGCAGUUGCUGUCGUCACCAACACAAUCACAUUCCGGCUUUGUUAGUGACAAUAGUGCAGUCGUUAUUUUAUGUUGAAACUAUUGGAAUGGCAACCACUGCUAGGUUUGCCCCUACUGGUGUGCUACUGUACGACUAAACUAUCAUUCUGUAAACAACACGCGAGAGAAUAAAACGUAUUUUUCAUUUUUCUAACCGUAAAAAGUAGUUUUCCCGUUUUCGGCCUUCCUUUGGUCCAUCCAAACCUUAUUAGGUUAUGGGCCCAGAACGUUUCGGUACCGCGGAAUAGUUUAUUGGACGCGAGGACGCGAGUGACCGUUUCCAUGUUACACUGUUCAAUUCGAAGUUUUUCGUAACAUUCAUCGACGAUUGGACGCACUUUACUAUGGUGUUCUUGCUGGAAUCAAAAAGUGAGGUGCUGCGCUGUUCUGAGCAGUACGAAGCACUUGCGACAGCGAAGUUCGGAAAGCGGAUUUGACGAUUAUGGUGUGACAACGGAGGUGAGUACACUGGUAAACGUUUCAAAAAGUUUUGCGCUGAAAAAGGGAUUCAACUGGAGCUGACGGUCCCCUACACCCUUGAACAAAACGGUGUCAGCGAGCGGAUGAACCACACCCUUGUUGAGAAGACCAGGGAUAUGUUGAUAGAUUCGGGUAUUGGCAAGGAGAUUUGGGGGCAUGCCGUGCAGACAGCAGCAUUCUUGCUGAACAGGAGUCCGACCUGCGCGGUUCACUCGAAGAAAACCUGUGGGAGUCGAAGAAACCGGACGUUUCGAAGCUGAAAGUGUUUGGAUGUUCCGCAUUCGUGCACGUCCCGUCGCAGCUCAGGAAGAAGUUAGAUUCCAAAUCGUGGCGGGGAAUCCUUGGUUAUGCUCCGAAUGGGUACAGAGUUUGGGAUCCGGUAAGCCGCUGGAUUGUGACCGCUUGAGACGUGGAUUUUGUGGAGACUGAGAUCAAGGAAAAGGCAAGGCCGGUCGCUGUUGAUCAGUACAUCAGAGUUCCAACGAAUGGAGUACCUGAGGACGAAGAAGAUAAAGACAGCGACGAUGGUGAUGCAACGUCGUCCGCGGACGAGUACGACAGCUUCAGGAGUGAUGCGGAGGAGUCUGCCCAGGAACCUGGCGAAGAUGCGAGUGGAGGUGAAGAUGAAGCAAGGCCGCAACGUAGUCGUGCUCCACCCGUCUGGCAUAGGGAUUUCGAGGUUGAUUAUGUCGGAUUCGCGUUGAAUGCGGUGAGCUACGUCGAGAAUAUUCCCGGUUCGAUUGCGAAACUGAGAAAGCGUGACGAUUGAGAUAGCUGGAGAGUUUCCAUAGAAGAAGAAAUGGACUCACUACGGCGAAAUAACACGUGAACCCUGACGGAGCUACCUGAAGGCAGGAAGGCUGUUACCUGCAAGUGGGUGUUCCGCGUCAAACCUGGAGAUGGAGCCAUACCAGAGCGGUAUAAAGCGAGGCUGAUGGCGAGAGGAUUCAGCCAGAAGCAUGGUUUCGACUAUACUGAAACCUACUCGCCGGUGGUAAAACUGGAUACGUUGCGUAUGGUGUUAGCGCUGGCAAAUCGGGAUCGUCUACACGUCCACCAGAUGGACGUACAUACGUACAGCGUUUUUGAACGGCAAGCUUAGUGAAGAAAUUUUCAUGACGCAGCCUGAUGGAUUUAAGCAGGCGAAUAAUCUGGUCUGUCGUUUAUAUCGCUCCAUUUACGGACUGAAACAAGCGUCACAUGCAUGGAAUCAGCAGUUCCAUGAGUUCGUCAAGCGGUUCCAUGAGUUCGUGCCAACGAUCACUGCCUGUACACCAAAGGUGAAGGAAGAGGAAAAAUCAUCGUUAUAGUGUACAUGGAUGACAUUUUGAUCGUCAGAGCCUCGCUAGAAAUGGUGAAGGCAAUCAAAAAUAAAUUCAGCGAAGAGUUCGAGAUGACGGAUGCGGGAGAAGUCAAGUAGUUUCUCGUAAUGACCAUUGAUCGGGACGUUGAAGCCAAGGUUGCAACCAUUCAUUUGCAAAAAUUUACAUUCAUUUGCUAUUAUCUCAGUUCAGAAGCAUGCUAUCGAAAAACAAUGUAUGGAUGAAUUUAACCUUGUAGUUUUAUCUGAAAGUUUGCCGAAUAACAUUGGGGUCGCACACGCAUUCCAAAGUCGUGAGCGAGCUGUGAAGGCAACUUUCCACAGCGUGAAUGAAAUUUAUAUUCACCGCGUGGAGAGUUGCCUUCAAAGCUCGCUCACUACUUUGGUAUACGUUUGCGACCCCAAUGUUAUUCGGCAAACUUUCAGAUAAAACUACAAGGUUAAAUUCAUCCAUACAUUGUUUUUCGAUAGCAUGCUUCUGAACUGAGAUAAUAGCAAAUGAAUGUAAAUUUUUGCAAAUGAAUGGUUGCAACCUUGGUUGAAGCUAGAGUCAUGAAGAUUAGCCAGAGGGGAUUCCUCGAGAGCCUGCUGAGAUAGUUUGAAAUGAUGGAGUGCAAGGACAUACCUAUACCUACUCCGACGGAGAAUCGUCUCCGGUUGGAAAAGGGAGUAGAGGAGCGAAGAACCGACAAGCCUUACCUAGAACUCGUAGGCUGUUUGACGUACGCAUCGCUUACUGCUCGACCGGACUUGUCAGCAGUCGUGAACUUCUACAGUCAGUUCCAGGCCUGCCCGAACGAGGAACAUUGGGUUCACCUCAAGCGGGUACUUCGAUAUGUGAAAGGUACGCUGGACUACGGACUUAUAUACAAGGCGGUUAAGGAGACAAAGCUUUUGGAGGUACAUAUAUUCGGACGCGGACUGGGCGAACGACCUGAUUGAUCGGCAAUCCGUGACGGGCUGUGUGUUCAAGGUCUACGGAUGCACAGUCAGCUGGACUACAUGGAAUCAGAACACUGUUUCGUUGUCGUCUACCGAGGCGGAGCUCGCGGCAUUGGUAACAGCUGCGUGGAAUACCCUUUGGAUGGAACGUUGUCUUCUAGAUCUGGGACUGAAGCCUGAUGGAGCAAUAACGAUUUUAGAGGAUAAUCAAUCAACGAUACGGAUUGUGGAAGAUGCACGAGACCAUGAGCGCCUGAAACAUGUCGACACCAAGUAUCAGUUCAUGAGAGAGCUGAUUCAACAAGGGGUGAUUGCAAUCGAAUUCGUUUGUUCAGCAGAGCAACAGGCGGAUAUAAUGACGAAGGCUUUGCAUGCGGUUUCCUUCAGAAAACUGCGUUCGGCGUUGGGAAUCGAACCUUGCCAUGGUUGAGCAGGGGUGUUGGGAUAGCAACCACUGCUAGGUUUGCCCCUACUGGUGUGCUACUGCACGACGACACUGGAAUGUAGAGCUGUUAUUAUUUCAAUAUCAUUCUGUAAACAACACGCGAGAGAAUAAAACGUAUUCUUCGGUCUUACUUUGGUCCAUCCGAAGCCUUAUUAUUUAGAAACUACCAAAUCUCUGUUUGUUUUAAAAAACUGUCAAAAAUUUCGGCAAAUGAAAAUACUUGUAUUAACAAACAAUGGAAGAGUUCAGUUUAAACUAGAAAUCAGUUUGUCGCUAUAGUAAACUGAAAAAUCGGAUGAUUUGAACUUGAAUUUAAUUGUGCUCACAACUUAUUUCUCUGAGUGGAGGAAAAGGACGGGAGAUUGAACCCAAGAUCGUUUACAUACGAAUCAGACACGGCGAAACGACUAGAUCACUUAGCCCGUCUUAAUAGCAUAUGAAUUUUAAAAAGUAGAUAAAAAUGUGCUAUUGGAUUGAUUGAUACAUAAGAUAACAGAACUAAAAAUGAUAUUUAAAAUAAACUCCAGAAAUAUGAAUGGCUCUGAUAAUUUUCAAUAAUCAAAAGCAGUGAGUGUUCUUCAAAUUUUCAAUUUUGAUAUUGUUCAAAUGUUUCAGAAACAUCAUUAGAUAUUAAUCUCAGAUCUGUUAUUUCAAACCAACCAAUACCACGCUUCGAUUGUCAGUAUACCUUACACCUACUACUUGCUACUUUCGACCUAACGCCCAUGACUCCUUUUGGUUAGAGUCCGCUCGCUCAAACUAAACAGAUGAGUAGAUUGAUGAAGCAACGGCGAAGUUAUUAAUUUCAACCUGGCAUGUUUAUCCGAAUCCUUUAUAUGCGGUUGUGGUGACCGGCGACAAGCAAAGGUAAAACUUUCAAUUGCUGCUUCGCCAGGUGUUUUUCAAACGUUACCGUGGAUGGUGUGAUGAAUGAACCAUAUAUGGAAUCAUAUAGGAUCGGUAUAUGAUCAUUCGUAAAGGUUACGCAUACAUACAUACGCAUAAAAUUGGGACAUCUGACUAUCUACAUACAUAAAACUUCGGUCAUACUCACUGGUUCGAAAUUCGUAUUUAUGAAUUUUCCCAAGCUAAUCAAUCUCCCCGCUAACCCCUUCUUUCCACCACCAUAUACUGAUUGAUGAAAACUAUAGAAACACAUUUCCAUCGAAUUAUGAUAAACUCAAGUGCUUAUUCGUGCACAUUAUUUUAUAAUGGUUUUCCCACAAAAAGUAUCGUAUUGGCACACCAUGAACUAUGUAAACUCAAAAUCUGGAAAAAAGUUUGUGGCACAUGUACAUUUUUUAAGAUUUUGUUUGAAAAUAAAAGUCUACGAGGUGAGCUGGGGCCUGAAGAUGCUACAAUAAGCACAAUAAGCCUAUGUACCGCAGUACCCCGCUUAUUCGGCAAUGAUAGUUGUCAAACCACCUGGGUGGUGUUUCGACUCGGCUAACUGGCCACCAUAGUGACUAAAAGUAAUACAUGCCAUAAAAUUGUAUGGGCUCACCUCUCAUUUCCGUGAACUUUGUUUUUGAAAAUUGCGAUUGUUGCUGUUCAGAAAUUUCAGUUUGUUGAAAACCACAUCUGCAAAUAUAUUACAUGUUGCUUUAAAUUCGGUAACCUUGAUGGCUCCUAUAGAAACUCCACUCAAAUCUUGUAAAAAAUCCAAAAAAGAGAACAUUGUAGUUAUGACUAAAGUAAUCGAAGAAAUCAUUCUAUGAGCAAAUAAAACAAUGUUGAUACUAAGCCAGAUCGUUUAGAAUAGACGGCGAAGUGUGAAGGAGAUGUAGGACAAGUGUGAAUCGAUAACAAAAUAUAUAUAAGCAAAAUAAGAACAAAAUAAAUGGAAGAACAUUCAGAGAUAAUACAAACCGAAAUGGACUAGACUAGAGAAUAUCAAAAUAAUUCCAAUUCAUCUUCGUAUAGAAACACAAAACCAAAAGAUUACAAAACAACUGUAUCCCAACCUUCGCAUCCCGUAGUUAAUUGUUUUAUAUACAAGUUAGUACGCAUGUUCAAGCCCGAAUUCCAAAAAUAAAAGAAAACGUAUAGCCAUAGUUUCCGUUUUACGAACAGAUGUAAUUACAUAAGAACCACCAAUCAAUAAAGCGAAUGGCAAAAAAAGUAAAAACAGCAAAGUUUGUUGAACUUCUGUUCCGCGAAUAAGCAACAGUGCAGAAUGAAUAGUUGAAAAUAGACGUAAUCGUUUUAUAUCCGUAUAUAUUUUUGUACCUUUUUGUAAACAUUCAACAACAACAACAUUGACAACACACAAAUAUGGAGAUAAAGGAAGAAAAACAAAUAGUUUUCGUGCCUAAAGACGCAAAUCACAUUGACAACACACAUUCUCAAAUAUAUGUAAGCAUUUACUCUCACUCCUUUCCAAAAAGAAAAUCCUGGAAGCUUCAUGGAACCAAUAACCGUAUCCGGUAUAGUUAUGAAUAUUCCAGAACGUCAAAAGCUCCGUUUGUUUAUGGUAAUGUCGUAUAUCCUGGAAGGGUAACGUUGUAAAACUCAAACUCGUUGGUACAUGAGUGCAGCUGAAUCAUGAUAGCAAUCCAAACAAUUCUAAAUCUCCUUAGCUCUUACCGAAGUGUCAGAAAAUGAAAUUUUGAAGAGGAACAAUUACCACCAAAUAAAAGGCAAAACCCACGUAGCAAACAGCCAUAUCUCUCUCAAUGCCAAACUUAGGUCCGUCAAUAUUCUGAAAGCAGCUGUCGAAUAUCCAAUCCAAACCAAAUAGGAUUCUACCCGAUUGAUUGUACAAAGGGAUGAGAUCGAAUCCAAGCCGAUUUAAUUGAGUAAAAAGGGAGCAUCUUUGCUGUAAAGUAGUUUGAAGGGCUGUCAAGAACGCGUUACAGAUAGCCUUCAUUAGUUGAAACGCUAAAUUGAUAAGUAAAGAAUUUUAGGCACCGAAAAGCCAACUUGAAUAAAACCGAACCCAGAAGGAAACACAAAUAAACUUAGGCUGAAUCGUUAAGUAAAACGUCUCGAUUGAAUCUAUAAUAAAACCUGUUGCAUCAGAUGACAAAACAAGACGAACGGAAUCAGAACGACAAACUGAAACCAAACAAAAGUGAUGUACCAAUAAAACAAAAAUCUCUAAACGAAACAAAAGAAAGAAAAGGUAUUUAAAAUCAAUUAAAACACAGAAAUCUCAACACACACAGUCACAAAAUUUCCCCAUGUUUGAUCAAAGAUUAAAACGUAUAGUUAAGAUACAAGUCCCCUUCUGUACGAACGAUGUAAAAAUUAAAAGCAGAAAAGAGUAAAAGAAGGAAAACAUUUAAUGAGAAAAAG